AUGUCUGGAUUUUCAACAGAUCAGGUGUUCAAGUCUCGUGAAGAGUUGAUGGAAUGGGUUAGAAACACCGGACGUAGUCUUGGCUACGCUAUUGUGACUAAAAGAUCGAAAGCUAAAAAUGGCUACGUGUCUAAAGUUGUACUUAUGUGUGAUCGUGGUGGUGUGUAUAAAUCAGAUAAAGAUUCAAGUAGAGAGACCGGCACUAGAAAGAUAAAUUGCCUGUUUGAAAUGGUAGGGAAAUUUUCAAAAAAGAAUGGUUCUUGGACGUUAAAAGUAAAACCUGGUGAGCAUAAUCAUCCACCCGGAGAAUAUAUGGAGGGACACCCAAUCCUCAAACGAUUGACACCUAAUGAACACCAAUUGGUGGCAGAGUUGACGGGGAAGGGUGUGUUCCCAAAAGAUAUUUUAGGUGUUAUGAAGGAGCGUGAUGAAAAUAAUGUCUCUACAAUUAAAAACAUAUAUAACGCACGUGAUAAAAUUCGAGCAACGGAUCAUAAAGGGAAAUCUUUGAUGGAUGUGCUAAUGUCUCAUUUAAAUGAUAAAGGGUAUACUUUUGAAAUUUCUACCAAUAGAGUUUCAAACAUGUUGGAAGACUUAUUCUUUGUUCCUAAAAUCUCAUACAAGUACUUCCUUGAUUUUCCACAUGUGUUGCUUAUGGAUGUCACAUACAAUACGAACAAGUAUAAAUUGCCUUUUCUUGAAAUUGUUGGUGUAACUUCUACCAACAAGACAAUCUCCAUAGCUUUUGCAGUUAUGCGUAAAGAAACAGAGGAGAAAUAUCUUUGGGCAUUAAACUGUUUAAAAUCAACUCUAGAUGAGAAGAGCAUGCAACAACCACAUGUUAUAGUUACGGACAGGGAGUUAGCUCUGAUGAAUGCAUGCGAGAAAGUUUUUCCGAAUGCUACCCGAUUACUUUGUAGGUGGCACGUUUCUCAAAGUAUAUUUAGAAAAAAGAAACAAAUUUAA